AUGCACGCCAUUGUAGUUGUUCUCGGCGAUGUAGGAAGAUCACCUCGAAUGCAGUAUCACGCAGCAUCAUUGCUGGAAAAUGGACAUUCCGUAUCUCUCAUUGGAUACGAGGGAGAAAAGUUGAUUUCAGCACUAAUUGGCAAGAACGAGAGACUGCAGGUUUUUCGCUUCAGUGUACCGGCACCAAAGUCACUGAGAAAAAUCCUCCCAUUGUAUCUGUUUGUGAGGGCCAGCCUCUUGUUCUUCUUUGUUUUUCGUGCACUCUUCCAAGCUGCACGCAAUCGGACUGUCGACGUUGUACUCGUCCAGAAUCCACCUGCGAUGCCGCUGUUAUUCGUCACUCAUUUGUACUGUCUCAUACGUGGUAUUGUCUCUGGGCACAGACCAGCGUUUGUGAUUGACUGGCACAAUCUGGGCUAUUCAAUGCUUGACAACAAGCUAUUCUCAGCGAUUGCCCGAGUAUAUGAGAAGUUCAUGGCGCCGUAUGCAACUGCUCAUCUGUGUGUCACGGCAGCUAUGAAACUGUUUCUUCAGACGCACUUCGAUGUGCCCCACGAAAAGAUCAGCGUCUUACACGAUUGCCCGCCAAACAUGUUUCAACCACUUUCCAUAGAAGAUCAGCAUGAGCUGUUGUCGAGACUACACAAAGUGCUAUGCAGCGCUUGCCCAAAACACUGGCACGAGAAUCUAAAUCCUACUGAACAAACUCUUCUUACGGAAAUCAGUGACACGGGGGGGUAUGAAUUUCGUAAAAAUAGACCGUGUUUCCUAGUGAGUGCAACAUCGUGGACCCCAGACGAGGAUUUUGGAGAACUUUUGGAUGCCCUUGUUCGUCUGGACAGACGGAUCCGCCUCCAAAAGUCCUCUCUUAAGGUGCUGAUGGUUGUCACGGGGAAAGGACCCCAGAAGGAGCAUUAUUUAGAACGGAUAUCACAGCUCAAACUUGAAAGUAUCGCUAUCCAAACUCUGUGGCUAGAACCUGCAGAUUAUCCUCGGUUGCUUGCUUGCGCUGAUCUUGGGGUUUCGCUGCACACCUCAACUUCCGGUUUGGACCUUCCCAUGAAGGUUUUGGAUCUAUUCGGCUGUGCAGUUCCUGUGUGUGCAAGAAAUUUCAGUUGCUUGUCAGAGUUGGUCAAAGAUGGAACAAACGGCAAAGUGUUCGACUCCUCAUCCGAAUUGGAAGAGCAAUUGUGGGGCCUUUUGGAGAAACUGGAUGGAAGUCAGCGACGUUCUCCUCAUUCCUAUGGCGAUUUGGCGGAAUAUAGUCAAGCGCUACAAAAUCAAACUAGAUGGAACGAGAAUUGGGGGAAGCAUGCGUUGCCAGUUCUGCGUGGUAAUUCAAGAGAUUUUCAAGGAGACGUUAAAUGA